CUCUCCAAGGGAGCGUCCCACGUGUAAGUACGACGAAAGAGAAAGCAGAGCGAGCGUGUGAGUCAGACGAGUUCCACUCCACCCACGUCGGAUGUGAGGGCGAGGCGAACGUUAAGCGGGCCGCCGCACUCUCACGACACGACACGAGUCGGGCCUGCUCCUCAUCAGACGUCGACCCGCUUGGGGCAAGUAUGGCUUCCCACGUGAAGUUCAGGAAGGACAAGGUCGGCGUGCUGGACUACGACACACAAAUUAAGGAGGUUCGCUGUCAGCUGGUGGAGCAACUGAAAGUGAUGGACGUGCAGCUGGAGCAGAAGAGCCAACAUCUGCACGACUUUGCCGACUACCUGCGACGGCGAAGCGAGAUCGAGAGCGAGUACUCGCGAUCCCUGGAAAAACUGGCUGAAAGGUUCACAAACAGGAUUAAGAGGAAGGAGGCGAGCGGUCACUCUGUGGCCCAGAUGUGGUUGGCGCUGCUGUCGCACACGCGCCAGGAGAGUAAAGACCACAACCAGCUGAGUGACGACUGCUCCGCUUUCCUCAUCCAGCCGCUCUACCGUUGCCUGGAGUACACCCAAAGACUGGCCAAGAAGAGUAAAGACAUCUGCACGCAGCUUCAGGACGGCCUGCUCAAGGUGACCGCGGCGCUUCAGACCGCGUGGCGAACGUAUUCCCACUACCACGCCGACUACCUGUGCGCAGACGCCAAGUUAAAGGAGGCUGAGAAACAGGAGGAAAAGCAGAAGCAACACGCCAAGAAACUGGAGAGGCUCAUUGAGAAGCGGCAAGGAAAGGUUCAAGAUAUUUACUUGAAGUGCAGCAAGGCCAGAAAUGAUUAUCUGCUCAACUUGGCUGCUGCCAACGCUUCCAUGAAGAAGUACUACCUCCGAGACAUCUCCACCCUCAUGGAUUGUGCGGAUGUGGGCUACCACCUGUCUCUGGGCCGAGCGAUGCGAGCCUAUCUGUCCGGUCGGCGCCAGGUCCAGCAGAACUUGAGCUUUGGCCUGCAGCUUCUCCAGGACUCUGUGUCCGGGCUGGACCAGGGCCAGGACCGAGACUGCCUCCUGCAGGACCACCGCGUCGCCUUUUGUUUGCCCCUUGGCUUCCCCUACCAGCCUCACGAUGGAGACCAGCUUUCUGAGAUUAGCGCAGAGAGCAAGAUGCGGUGUGAGCUGGAGACCAGAUUCAAACAGAUCCAGACCAGGCUGAGAGCAGUGGCGGAGGAAACGCAGGAGAUAGAAUGCAUCCACUGUCCCUCCUCUGCACACGUCCAAACCAACCACCUCAACCCGGCCUCUCCAACCUUUCAAGUCUGCGCUCUUCCUCUGAUGAGCUCGUCCCUGAUCCUGGCGAACAGGAGCAUGUCAGCAGCCUUGUCUUCUUUCCUUGAAACAUUGGCCGACAUGGACUCUGAGCCGAACGACAGCCAGGAAGACGGCGCUGAGACCCCGCUACCCCGGCCCAACGUGGCUCGCCGCAGAGCUAACCAGCAAGAAAUGGAGAACCUCUACCUCACUAGAGUCAAAGAGUUCCUGGUCGGCACCUCUUUGGAGUCCAAGCUACAAGCCAAACAUGACCUGCUGAAAGUGGCCGUGGAAAAAGGACAAGCAUCAAAUAGAAAUCUGGCAAGAUCACUGGCGUUGGCGGUGAUGGAUGACCAAAGCCUUCAUUUUCCUCUCUCUCUCAAUAGUCGCAAUGGAAAGUCUGCACGUGUUCCAAAAACUCCCUCCAGCGGCGAGGGUUUAUUGCACAACCCCAAACUUUUCAGCGGUGACAUGCUGUCCUUCAUGCAGGCGUCAGGCCGUCAGAUUCCAGCUGUGGUGGAAAGUUGCAUCCGCUUCAUCAAUCUCAACGGCCUCCACCACGAAGGCAUUUUCAGGGUGUCGGGCUCUCAGGUGGAAGUCAACAAAUUGAGGGAUGCAUUUGAGCGAGGAGGAGACCCUCUGGCCGAGCACGAAUCCGACCUGGAUUCUGUUGCAGGCGUGCUCAAGAUGUAUUUUCGAGAUUUGAAGAAUCCCCUUUUCCCUGCAGAGAGUCUCAGUCAGCUGCUGGACUACGCCCACAUAAAAAAGGAUGGCGAGAGGGCCGAUCAACUGAAAAGUGUCAUCCGGUCCUUCCCCGAGCCGCUAAUUGUCGUCAUGAGAUACCUCUUCGCUUUUCUCCAUCACGUGUCCCAGUACAGCGACGAGAACAUGAUGCAGCCGUACAACCUGGCCGUGUGCUUCGGUCCCAGCCUGGUCCGAGGGAGCGGGGACGAGCGGCGGGACGGGCGGGACGCAGUCGCCUUGCAGCCGCAGAUCAACGCCCUGAUCGAGAGCUUGAUCGUCCGGCACGAGAGCGUCUUCCCCGGUCAGAGCGAGUUGCGAGGUCCCGUGUACGAGAAGUGCAUGACGGCAGAACAAGAUGACUGUGAGCCAAAUGCGGAGGAAGGGGACGGCGAGGCAGACGUCUGCAAAGUUGCAGAGGUGGAAGCGGGACACCCGGUCAAUCGCAGUAACUCGGCCACGGGAGCCCAGCAGAAACCGACCGAGGUUUCUAAAGCCGCCAAGAGCGGACCGGCGGACCAUCGCAGGACCGCGUCGGGACCGGCCGGAGGCAGCGUCCUCUUGUGCGGGGCAAAGGCUGCCCUCCAGAUUCCCACCGGGCCCCAUGGCCGACCGAGGAGGAUCCACUCUCCCGGUUUUGCCCGUAGAGAACAGAUGCACGUCUCCCCUGAGGAUGUCGUCAAAGUCGACAAGGAGGUGUGUCGCCAGAUGGACUCGGUCUUCAAAGAGCUCGUCUCCAAGCACGCGCUGCUAGAGCCCUCCUCUUCCUCUCCAGGCGGCCCGAAAGAGAGGAGGGCGUGAGGAAGGAGAACUGGGGGGAAACGCCACUGGAAUGAGGGCAUGCGAUUAUACCAAAAAAUUGAAGUUGCAAAAAUGUCAUAUUAAAGCUUUAAAAAAUGA